UGCGACUUCUCAAAAGGAUCGUGUGGCUGGCAAAACGUGCUGUCUAUGGACAACGUAAAGGAUGAUUCCGACUGGAUUGCUGGAUGCGGCUCUAGCAGUGAGGACCUGGACGCUCCUGACGCAGACCACAAUGGUAAUAACGAAGGGAUGUUCCUGUACGUGGACACAGCCUUCGCCAGCACGGGUCUGGCGCUCCUCCAGAGUCAGAUGUUCAUUACCCAGCAACACAGCAACCUGUGCUUCCACUUCUGGUACUUCAUCCAGGGAACCACAGAUGACGUCCUCUGGAUAGCAGUGAAAAAAGAUGACGGAAUAAACGUGGAAGUGUGGCAGGAUACCGCGUCCUCUGAUCACGGACGCUGGCUGGAGGGACAGGUUCACAUCGAUGCACAGGAACUUUUUAUUGCAACUUCUUAUCAGAUAUUUAUAGGCGGGAUGCGAGGAACGAAGUUUGCAAUAAUAUCUGUGGACGACUUUAACUUUACCAAGAACUCUGAGGAGUGCCCAAACCUGCCCUCAGUGGUCACCACAUCAACAUCCUCUACCCUCACCCCUACAACCUUGCCCUCAGGCAUACAGUCUGUGUCUUGUAACUUUACGGAUGGUGUGUGCGGGUGGGUGAACGUGGACGCUGAAGGUAUUCACUGGGACUACAACAGUGAAAAGAAAGAGAUGGAACUGCAACUUGAGGGUACAGAAGUAGGUCAGUAUUAUGUAGGAGAAAUGAGGAGCCCGAACUUCACACUGGGUGCCGACUCCUCCAGCUGCCUCACCCUCACCUGGUUCAUGACCACCGAGGAGGAAGCUCAUCUCUCUGUCAUCAUUCAGAAUGAACUGGGACAAGAUAUUGAUUUGUUGAUGAACGUGAAUGACGGCUCUGAUGGCCAGUGGAGGUCCACCAACAUGGACUUCACGAAGGAAGGCACCUACAGGAUAUCCAUCAAGGGCACAGUCACUAGCAGCUGGCAGGGAUUCAUGGCCUUCAACAGUGUGCUCCUCGUGGACGAGCCUUGUUCUGAGGAGGUGAAGGCCGGCGGGUUGUGGUGCGACUUUGAGACACCUGAGGAGUGUGGGUUCCGCACCUCCCUGCCAGGUGACACCACCGUCUGGACCUGGGGCGCUGAUUACGAUACCCUCGACCACACUCUCGACAGCCACUAUGGUCACACGAUGUAUGUGGACUUGUCUUUGGUGGGAGAGGACAAAGUGGCGCACUUGGUUACCCCUGCCAUCACUCCUCAGGACGAGACUUUCUGUGCCACAUUCUGGUUCUACAUAUUUGGCGAAGACGGGAGCAGACUCUCUAUACUGUCAAUUCAAAAUGAGAGUCCUAGUCUUCCCCUGUGGAGCCAACAUCAGGCUUUUGAGAAAGAGUGGCGAGGUGCCUCCGUCUCCAACACCGUUGACCUCAAUAAAAACUUUACGGUUGUGUUUGAGGUGUUCACUGGUAAGGGCGCCUGGGGCUCCAUCGGUGUUGACGACGUGAAGGUUACUCCAGGAUAUUGCCCCGACCCUACCACCUGCACCUUUGAUGAUGGACUGUGUCUCUGGACCCAGUCUUACAAUGAUGACCUGGAUUGGGAAGUGGUCAGUGUAGCGGGGGACCUUCACGAUCACACUAGUGACUCGGGUAAUUUCCUGAUCCUCAGGGCAGACAACUAUGCUUCUGUGGAAAAAACAGCACUGCUAGAGUCAUUUCCUGGAAACGUGCUAGAGGUCUCGUGCUUCUCCUUUUGGUAUAGUAUGUGGGGACAUCAAAUGCAGGACACCUGAAGGUUGUCAAUAGUGGGCCCUGACUUUCAAGGAUGACAGUG